UCAUAUCGUUGCUUCGCCAUGAAUAAGCCGACGGAAGACGCCAGAGUUGGCGCAUCUGUCGGUGGUUUGCGCUUGCCUUUGCUUACACCCAUGCAGGAAGAAAUUCAUUGGGUUGAUGCUGAGAAAGGCGGAUCCAUUCUGGCUCAGCACGCUGCUGAAGCUUUGAAGAGUCGAGAGCUGCGUGUUGCAGUGGAUGCAGAAUGGCAGGACCCUAGGCCGCUGUCGCUUCUGCAGCUGGCACUCUCUGUCCGAAAGCAGCCUCCAACAGUCUUUUUGAUCGACAUGGUGCAGCCGCCCUGUGAGUCAACACUGGAUUGGUGCCGGAAGUUGUUGACGGGCAAGCACGAAGUCCUGGUCUUCAGCCCAAAGGAGGAUUCGCGAAGACUCGAAGAGGUCGGCUUGUUACCAGGAGUUGAUCAGUCAAACUGGUUGGAUUUGCAGCGACUUGAUUGGGGUUUGGGCAAUCAGCCUGGUCUUCAAGCAGUCGCAGCUUGGGCUCUUGGCCGUUGGAUGGACAAAUCCUUGCAAACCUCGAACUGGGACCAGCGCCCACUGACCCGAGAACAGCAAGAGUACGCUGCCUUGGAUGCCAGUGUUCUUCUGCAAUUGCAUGACUGUGAUCGUGCAGCCCUUCCACAAAAAGCAGUACUUCACGAAAAGGUUCAGAGCCCAAACCCCUCUGGAGACAUGGCUAUGGCACAAGAGAAGGAGCGGUGGAAUAGCUAUCGUAGUCAUCCCCAGAGACAGCGACCGCGCAUCCUUGCUGAAGGGGCACGUGAGAGGAAUGACGACCUGUGUUUCAUGCUGCCUGCAGCACUUACACGACUGAUGCGGAAGUUGCGUGGUUUGGGUCUUGAUACUGCCAUUCUUCGAGAGGGUGCUCCGCAACGAGAGCUGGUGGAGACUGCAGAGAACGAAGAUAGGAUCAUUCUGUACUACAACACCAAGAACUUGCUGCCUGCUCGAGUAUGCCAUCGCACCUACAUGCUCCGCAGCACAUCCCCUGACGAACAGCUGCGAGAAGUGAUCGAGGCUUUCGACGUAGAUGUCAACUCAGACUGUCUUUGCGGCCGCUGUGUGCAGUGCAAUGCCUGGGAUUGGCAACUGGUGGGCCGCGAGGAAGUCAAAGACAACCCUCAGGUGGCAGCAAAGACUUUGGAGAGCUUCGAUGAGUUUUGGCUUUGCGGCGGCUGUGGAAAGGUCUACUGGGAGGGCAAGAUGUUUGUGAAGGCUUUGGGGCACUUCCGCAGUUUUAUGCCAGAGUCCCUGGAGCGCCAAAGGGAAGAACAAAUGGCUGCCCGCAGCCAGGAGUUGGAAGAGCUUGGUUGGAGUGCCCCACGAAUUCGCGCAGCAUUGGUGCGUGAAGGGUGGCUCAGUGCAGAGAAAGCCCUGGAAGAAGAGGAAGAGGCCAUCGCAAAUGGGUACCCUGCAGCUAGUGCCUCUUCUGCACCACGGGUUUCUGCAUGCGGCCGACAGGGUUCCCGAGCACUACUCGCCGUCAUGCCAGCACUCUGCCUCUUCACAGGUAGAUCCUGGUCACCAGUGCUGCCCAGGAAUCACAUGCCACUGCCCAUUCGCAUCGUUGGACCGCAGGAGACCCGGUAUGCUCCUUUUGGCACUGGAUCGAGAGUGUGGGCAAGGACACUAUGCACUGAGACUGCGCUUAGAAGGAGGCUUCAUUCGUCUUAGUGUGUCGCUUCACGACCUUCAGCUCAGAUCAGUCCCUUUGCAAUUUUCUCACCCCUUGACUCUGCGAAGCAGCCAAGGGUGUGAUUUGUAGAUAGGCUGAUGAGCGGAAGCAAGGUCGCGAAGAAAAGG